CCUGUUGCUUCGUCGGUCGAAAUAACACAAGGUUCUUCGGCUCCGUCGCAGCGCUCGAGAAGGGUCGGUGAAGAUAAUGGAGACCUAUCGAGGCAUCGCCCUGCUCCUGGUGACACUCAGCCUGGUAGCUUCAGCCUCGGCUUUCAACCCCGACAGAACCAUCUACAAGUGGUCGCCUCUGUGGUUCAACAACUAUUACAGGAGGGCUAAUCUGUUCAAAAGGUUUCGAGACGAACCCAUUCAGAAGUGGAGUCCCAUGUAUUUCGACAAAAUCAACGAUUAUCUCGAUCAGAAACGGACAGGAGCGAGCUGUGGACGUGAGAACUCGAUGUGCGUCUUCCUGAGCGAGACUAACAAGCAGCCUGUGAUUGUGCGGUGCUGCGGGUCCCUGCAGUGUCUCUUCACGGGUUCCUCCUAUACUUGUACUGACCCCAAAACCAUGGGUCUCGGUGAAGCGCUAAACGACAUGCCAGACUACUGAAUGCCGCCCACGAGUCAGAGAAACGUGCCUCGGGCCGCCCACCACGCCCGCGACGAACAGGGAACUAUGGAGGGCGGGGUUUGGAAUCCAUCGCAGUUCUUCUAGAUGAUUUCGUUCAAGAAUUCAAAGCAGAGGUCGAUAGCAGAAAGGAGAAAUGUACGAGAGGAAACAACAGGAUCGUCAUUGUUGUCUUCAGUCAUGAGAAAUAAGAAUUAAGUGAAACGUUAUUAGUAAAAGUAUAUUAUAAUUAUUGUCUAUUCUUAUUAUGUUGAUUACUUGCAGUAAUGAAUUUGAUUGUGUUGAUUAUGUGUGAUAACCGUUGUUAUUGUGGUAAUGAGUUAUAAUCAUUAUUAUUAUGGUAUUUUUACUGGUCUAUAUCAAUGGCCACCAUCCUUGGAAUUGGUGGCGUAGAAAUAUUGCUGAUAUAUUGGCAUUAUUGGCGACAAAGUUACUAAAAUAGCAGCAAACAGUGAUUAUGUAGACUAGAAUCAGUAUAAUCAAAACAACAAACUUUAAGUGAAAAUUAUAACUAAUCAAAAUAAUAGUGAUUAUAACACUAACAAAUAGAUCGUCCUUACGAUGACAAUAUUAAUGAUGAUUACGAUAGUGAAAAAACCGUAAUGAUCAUUAUAAAACAAAACUAAUUUAAUAUAUAAUGAAUUACGAAAAAAAAAAAGUUUUUAGCUAUAAAGAAACGGUUCUUUUAAUGGACUAAUAUCUGUCUUUCCUUUUUUUCUUUCUUUCUAAUUUGAAGAAAAGAUAACAUCAAAUUAUUUUUUAUUAGUAGGAUGACAAAUAACUUAGGAUGGAUAAACACUCUUUAUCUAUUUUACACACGCGCCUCCUCUCUCUCUCUCUCUCUCUCUCUCUCUCUCUCUCUCUCUCUCUCUC